AGUCCUCGACUGCAGAGGAAGCAGGAAGCCGCCAGUCCUCCCUGAGCCCAGCGGCUGGGACUCCGGGCCGCGGCAUGGAGUCGGUGGCCCUGUACAGCUUCCAGGCCACGGAGAGCGACGAGCUGGCCUUCAACAAGGGGGACACACUCAAGAUCCUGAACAUGGAAGACGACCAGAACUGGUACAAGGCUGAGCUCCGGGGCGCCGAGGGGUUCAUCCCCAAGAACUACAUCCGCGUCAAGCCCCACCCGUGGUACUCGGGCAGGAUUUCCCGGCAGCUGGCCGAAGAGAUUCUGAUGAAGCGGAACUUCCUGGGAGCCUUUCUGAUCCGGGAGAGCGAGAGCUCCCCGGGGGAGUUCUCCAUCUCUGUGAACUACGGGGACCAGGUGCAGCACUUCAAGGUGCUGCGCGAGGCCUCUGGGAAGUACUUCCUGUGGGAGGAGAAGUUCAAUUCCCUCAAUGAGCUGGUCGACUUCUACCACACCACCACCAUCGCCAAGAAGCGGCAGGUCUUCCUGCGGGACGAGGAGCCCCAACUCAAGUCCACCCAGGCCUGCUUUGCCCAGGCGCAGUUUGACUUCUCGGCGCAGGACUCCUCGCAGCUCAGCUUCCGCCGCGGUGACAUCAUCGAGGUCCUGGAGCACCUGGACCCCCACUGGUGGCGAGGCCGCUUCUGCGGGCAUGUAGGCUUCUUCCCGCGGAGCUACGUCCAGCCUGUGCACCUCUGA